GAUUGCGGCAGCGGGGACCUUUUGUGAGCUAAAUGGUUAGGUGCGCAGUACUUUCUGGAGGGAGCGCUCCAAGACCCAGUGUUUCCGCACAGACCACGGGGACCUUUAUUAUUUGGUUAUUUUUAAUGGAGAGUUGAGGAAGAGUCAUGUCAGAAGAAAUAGUAAGCGAAUCACAGUUUUCCUUGAAGACGGCUGCACUCAAAGUGUUUGAUCUUCCUCUGUCUUGGUACUAUUCUCUCUGUCAGAUCAAAUUUUCACCAGUAGCUAAAAAGGUGUUUGUGGUAACUGCAGUGAGUGCCAUAUCUGUAAUUUUUCUGGCCCAUCAUUUUAAAAGAAGACGUGGGAAGAAGAAAGGAAAGAUAUUACCAUGGGAACCAGAACACCUCCUGCUUGAAUAUGCUAAAAGAGCAGCAUCAGAUAAAGGUUCAAGUUGUUCCAGUAGUAGACAGAAUUUGACCUUGUCUUUAAGUUCUGCCAAAGACAAAGGAUCUCAGUCUUGCAACUUUGCCAUUGGAGGACUUUUCAGUAAAUACUCAGGUUCUGCACAGAGUUUGGGCUCUGUCCAGAGUGUUAAUUCUUGUCACAGCUGUGCUUGUGGCAACUCUAACUCCUGGGACAAAGCAGAUGAAGAUGAUGUUAAACUUGUUAAUAUUCCUGUGACCACUCCUGAGAACUUGUACUUAAUGGGUAUGGAAUUGUUCGAAGAGGCGUUGCGUCGAUGGGAACAAGCUCUAACCUUCCGCAACAGACAGGCUGAAGAGGACACCUGUGCUUCCAUUAAACUGGGUGCAGGAGAUGCCAUUGCUGAGGAGAGUGUGGAUGACAUUAUCAGUACUGAAUUCAUCCAUAAACUUGAAGCUCUGCUGCAGAGAGCAUACCGUCUCCAGGAGGAGUUUGAAGCUACCCUUGGGGGAUCUGAUCCUGAUUCCCUUGCCAGUGAUACUGAUAAAGAUACGGAUACCACAGUGAAGGGAAACACGGAUGACUUUGGCCUCCGAGAUACCUUGAGCAUUGCGUCAACUGACUCCUUUGCUUCAGCAGCAGAGCUUGCAGAACACGGAGAAGCACGGCAGACCUACAGCCUGGAGUCUUUCUGCCGCUGCCCAUUUUAUGAAGAAGCCAUGCAUUUAGUUGAAGAAGGAAAAAUUCACUCCAGAGUGCUGAGAACUGAAAUGUUGGAAUGCCUUGGAGACAGCGACUUUCUUGCCAAGCUUCAUUGUAUUCGACAGGCUUUUCAGGUAAUUCUUUCAGAAACAUCCAACAGGAUAUUCCUGGCUGAGAGUGGAAGGAAAAUUUUAUCAGCUUUAAUUGUCAAAGCACGAAAGAAUCCAAAGAAGUUUGAAGAUGUUUUUGAUGAAAUGAUACAUUUUUUAGAGCAGACUGAUCACUGGGAUAGUACUGAAAUGGAACUUGCUGCUAGAGGGGUGAAAAAUCUAAAUUUUUAUGAUGUUGUUCUGGAUUUUAUAUUAAUGGAUUCCUUUGAAGAUUUAGAAAAUCCGCCCACGUCCAUACAGAAUGUAGUAAAUAAUCGCUGGCUAAACUCUUCCUUCAAAGAAACUGCUGUGGCUUCCAGUUGUUGGUCCGUGCUGAAACAAAAAAGGCAGCAGAUGCAGAUCCCAGAUGGGUUCUUUGCCCAUUUUUAUGCCAUUUGUGAGCACAUAAGCCCUGUCCUGGCCUGGGGCUUUUUGGGACCUAGAAAUUCUCUCUAUGACUUAUGUUGUUUCUUUAAGAGCCAAGUCCUCUUCUUCCUGAAGGACAUCUUUGACUUCGAGAAGGUGCGCUACUCCAGCGCAGAGAUGCUGGCCGAGGACCUGCUGCAGCUGCUCCUGCGCCGCACCGAGCUGCUGCUCGCUUGCCUGGGCGCCGACGGCCUGCGCCUCCCCAGCGGCUGCGCGGGCGGCCGCGGCCACCUGGUGUCCCCGGGGCUGCUGCAGGCCAAGGUGCAGUGAGGGCCCCGGCGCGGCUGAGGCGAGGAAGCCUGUGGAGAAACGCGCGGUUUGGGCAACGGCAUCGCCUCGGGCUCGGGAGGCGGACAGCCAGCCGGGAGUGACCUCUGCGGGGCAGCAGAACUUGGUGGACGAGCCGUGUCCCGGUCCUCUCUCAUCGCGGAGCGUCUGACGCGGGCAUGCGGCUGUUUCCUCGGAUGGACGCGGCCCCCGGACUGACUCCCGGGCCGGGCCACGGUGCUGCCUGAGCUGCUUUCCACCCACCCGAGCGAGCGAGCGAGCGAGCGAGCGAGCGAGCGAGCUUCACUUGCGGUGUAAGUAGAUUUAGGCAGUCGUGGUGUCGCUGUGUACUGCUUAGCUAUUGUUUGUGCACUUAUUUAUGUAUUUGCAUCAAAGUAAUCGGAAAACAGUACUGUUGUGAAUCAUUUAAAUGGACAGACACUGAGAAGUUCACAGUUUACAACUUUAGUUUUCAAAAUCUGUUAACUCUUGGUCCUGUAAGUCACACUAAAGAGACCCGAGUACUUUAUCUUUUUAUAUAAUCUUGUCUCUUGAAUGAAUAUUGACCUAAAAUAUAACAUUUGUUUACCAAGAAAGGCAGUUAAAGUUUUACCCUUUUUGAGUGAAGUUUGAGACCGGCUCCCAGCAUCUGAAGAUAGUAAAUGUAAAGACACCAAAAUCCUUUCUCCUUUGUCCCCCCCCAGAAUGGUCCCUUAGCUGUCCCCACGGGGGUCAGCGCCCUGGGAGUUUGGCACAUUAUGCCCGCGUUUUAGGGAAGGCUUUUGUUUUCGCCUCUGAUAGAGAACAAAAUAUUUUUAAUGAUAAAGUAUAUUUUGUGUCCUUACAAUGAGUGUAUGAACGAAUGGGUUUUCUCAUGAGAGUCCUCACGAGUUAGAUACUUCGAGCUGCGUGAAUUCUGCUUCUAAAUCAGAUCCUACUUGUGUAAAGUGACGGACUCAGUGUGAUGAUGGGUUAGAUUUGUCCAUUUUGCUCCUUAUGUCGGCUUUAUUCAUUUUAGAAGUGAGUGACACAGAAGGAUCUAAAAAGCAUUUUUUAAAAUGCAUUUUUAGGCCGGGGAUUUAGCUCAGUGGUGCCGCUGCCUGCCUUGGAAGCGCAAGGACCCAAGUUCGAUCCCUGUACCCUAAAAAAUACAUUUUUAGAUUGAAGUGCCUAGUUUCAGAUUAAUGAACAGAAUAGGAAAAGUGAAAAAAGGCGUCCUUUUUAAGAUUCUAAGUUUUAUGUAUGUGCCACAAUUACAUGAAGUGACUACAAGGUAUAACUUUGAGAAUCAUUGUAGAGUUUUGAAUGUACUGUGUAGAUUAGAAUAUUACAAAUAUGAAGCAUUACUCUUAAUUAUUUUAGAAUAUAAAGCUCUGUGACGUUUUCUUAUUAUUUGUUCUGCUUUGUUUCGUUGGUUUGUUGUUUUGGUUUUUUUUUGAGACAGGGUCUCACUAAGUAGUUCAGGCUGGUCUCAAACUCUUGGUGAUCCUCCUGCCUCAGCCUCCCUAGUGCUGGGAUUACAGGAAUGCACUACCACACCGGGCCCUGACUUUCCUUAUACAGUGUAGUUAACAAUUGCCUGUUCAGUUCUCACUGAUGGAGGAGUGUGAUUAGAAGAACCAAAAUGAAACAUCCCAUUAUGUAAUGUUUUGGUUUUUGUUAGCUGUUUUGACCUUGUUGAAAUGUCACUGGCCUAGACUGAAACACACACACACACACACACACACACACACACACACACUCCCACCACCAUGUAGGCAGGACACUCACUGCUAAUAUUAGUUUACUCACUUUAGGGCUAAAUGUUUUAUGCUGUGGUUUUAUAAACAAAGGUAUGAGUAAACUUCAUUUUUUUAUUUGAGAAAGAUACUGUUUGAAGUCACUUGAAGAAUUGCACUAUUUAAUAAUGCUGCUACUACUACUUAAGAUAACUCUGGGGAAUUUGUUUCAUCAGAUAAAUGACUUUCUAGAAGGUGGAUUUUUAUUUUGUAUUUCUUUUUUCUUUUCUCUUAAUUUCUAGGGUUUUUUUGUUUUUUGUGGGUUUUUUUCGAGACAAGGCCUCACUAUAUAGUCCAUGCUAGGCUGGCCUUGAACUCACUCUGUAGCCCAACUGGCCUUGAACUCAGAGUGAUCCUCCUGCCUCAGCCUCCCGAGUGCUGGGAUCACGGGUGUGUACCACCAUGCCCAGUUUAUGGUGAUUUUUUUUUUUAAGGAAACAUCUUCCUGAAAAGAACAUCUCUGACUGCAGAAGGGUACUUGAAACAUACCAGUUUUCAUUUGGCUUAAAAAGUUGGAUUAAACAACAAACGCAGUGCUUUACAAAGUACAAAUGAUUAAACUCAACCAGAGCUUUAGGCCAUCGGGCCCUCGCCAACCUGGGGAAGGCAGUGCCUCAUCUCGGGAGGAAAAAGCGAAGGCUCAGGUGAUUCAUGGCCGGCAUUUCCUUUUCCUGUUUUCGUUCUCUGCCCUUUUGUGUACUCACAAAGUAGGUCUCCUUCCCAAUGGUUAACAGUAUGUUUAUCAACUGUCAAAAUGGAACUGACUUCAUAAAAAGAAACUAAGCCUUCCGUAUUGUUGGAGUCAGCUCCAAAGAAUGAUAUUCUCCAAGAAUAGUAUUCUACAUUUGCAUUCACUUACUGUGAGCCUAUUUGUGGAAUUAUCUGACUGUCAAAAGUAUUUACAAAUGUUUUCUUGCCUUACGAUGUAACCUUUUCUACAUAAUUUCCAAAUGAAUGUGAGUGUGUCAUUUCUUGAGGCCUAGGAAAUAGAAAUGCCAAAGUAAUAGUUAAUAUCCUUCCCGGGACCUUUCACAACCAGAAAUCUAAGUUACGUUUGUCGUUCACUUUUAUUUUGAUGUGAACAGGUGUUCAGAAAUCAGUUGGGAUGGAAAUUUCAGAGUAUUGUAAGAAUUAGGCUGAAUUCAGAUCUUUUGUUUUUUAUUUGGAUUAAUCAGAUUAAGAAAUACGUAUGUGAGAUGUAAAACUUUAUAUAGAGUAUGUCAUAAACGGAAAUAAGGACACCCCCCUUACCUUGUUCCUAAUGACUAGUAUAUUGUGUUAUUGUUUUGUUUAAUUUUAGAACAACCAUGUUUUAGCUGCACUUGGCUGUGUCAGUAAAUACAGUAUCUUUUUCUUAAAAUGUAAGGACUGAACUCAUUAAUUUAUGUAAAAGUAAAACACUACAGUAGCAGAAAAUAUAGCACUGGUUCCAUAGCCAAAAUAAGCACUAUAACUUGGAUGUAUUUCUAUUAUUGCCAAAUAAAAAAGCAAUGGUACAUCUAUA